CGCAAAAUAGGCGCUAUUCCACUACCACCAUGUCAACCGCACUUUACGAAGGAUUGCUACCCAAGCUUACGGCUAUCAUCGCGCUCUUGUGUGAAUCAGAUAUCUCCAGUUCGCCUCAGAACAGACAGGCACUUAUAAAAGUGAUUAGCGAGUUCAAAGAUGGCAUUGCACAGGCAAAGAAUGCUGCGACGAACCUUGCAGGAGGUCAGCUAACUAUCGAGGAGCAGGACGGUAUCAUUGAGAUGUUAGAGACCAUGAAGAAUACUCAGCAUGCCCUUCUUCAAGCCUCAUUGCAGGAUAUCACUUCUUCUCCCUCUACUGGGCCUGGAGACAUGCAAGUGGAUUCCACGGCUUCAACACCCUUUGGGAGCUGAGCACUUCCAAGUUGGUCCACUGUUGAUUCCUGUCCCUGCACGAUUUCAAUCCGGACUAGCCAUGCUACA